UGGGCGGGGUGUUGUUCCCUUUCGCUGAUGCAAGAUCCUAGUGCGGUGGUGGGAGAGGUGUCGGCAGGAGCAACGCUGAAGCCUGGGCCUGGGGCUGACCUGUCAGACUUUCCGUCCGUGCCGAGCCCACUCGAGCCGCAGCCAUGUCCGGGGACGAGAUGAUUUUUGAUCCUACUAUGAGCAAGAAGAAAAAGAAGAAGAAGAAGCCUUUUAUGUUAGAUGAGGAAGGGGAUGCCCAGACAGAAGAAACCCAGCCCUCAGAAACAAAAGAAGUGGAGCCAGAGCCAACUGAGGACAAAGAUGUAGAAGCCGAUGAAGAGGACAGUAGGAAAAAAGAUGCUUCUGAUGAUCUAGAUGACUUGAACUUCUUUAAUCAGAAGAAAAAGAAGAAAAAAACAAAAAAGAUAUUUGAUAUUGAUGAAGCUGAAGAAGGUGUAAAGGACCUUAAGAUUGAAAGUGAUGUUCAAGAACCAGCUGAACCAGAGGAUGACCUUGACAUUAUGCUUGGCAAUAAAAAGAAGAAAAAGAAGAAUGUCAAGUUCCCAGAUGAGGAUGAAAUACUAGAGAAAGAUGAAGCUUUAGAAGAUGAAGACAGCAAAAAAGAUGAUGGUAUCUCAUUCAGUAACCAGACAGGCCCUGCUUGGGCAGGUUCAGAAAGAGACUACACAUAUGAGGAGCUACUGAAUCGAGUGUUCAACAUCAUGAGGGAAAAGAAUCCAGAUAUGGUUGCUGGAGAGAAAAGGAAAUUUGUCAUGAAACCUCCACAGGUCGUCCGAGUAGGAACCAAGAAAACUUCUUUUGUCAACUUUACAGAUAUCUGUAAAUUAUUACAUCGUCAGCCCAAACAUCUCCUUGCAUUUUUAUUGGCUGAAUUGGGUACAAGUGGUUCUAUAGAUGGUAAUAACCAACUUGUAAUUAAAGGAAGAUUCCAACAGAAACAGAUAGAAAAUGUUUUGAGAAGAUAUAUCAAGGAAUAUGUCACCUGUCACACGUGCCGAUCACCGGACACAAUCCUGCAAAAGGACACCCGACUCUAUUUCUUACAGUGUGAAACUUGUCAUUCUCGAUGCUCUGUUGCCAGCAUCAAAACUGGCUUCCAGGCUGUCACAGGCAAGCGAGCACAGCUCCGUGCCAAAGCUAACUAAUUUGCUAAUCACCACUGAUUUUGCAAAGUGUGUUGUGGAGAUUUGGCUGGACAGGUUUACCAUCAGAGUGGAUAUACCACUGUAUUAAAAACAAGAUAGAAAAGCUGCCAAGUUCUUUGGCGUGUGGCCGGUUGGUCCGAAAUUCUUGCAAGAUGCCGUUGCUCAAGCUGUUGACAUACUCAUUGCCUACUUUAACAACUGUCAGAGAAAUAUGAUGGGGUAAGGCGGUGCUUUUUUAAAAUCGUUCAUAGACUUCUGUAAAAUGCAAGAUAAAUUAAAGUUAUUAUAACAGUGA